UUUGACUUUGAAGUGUGCGCCAUUAAAUGCAGAAUUAACAGUUGAGACACCUGCAUGCUCACAAGGGACGCUCCCUCCACUCCACAGGGUCGCACCGUUUUCUUACUAAAAUCUAACCCCAUCCUCUUCAUCGUGUUGUUGAUAUUCUGGUUUAAAGUUAAUCAUGGGUGAAUAAAUGCUCUUUAUCGAGUGUGUCUAUUGCAAGGAGACCCGCAACUGAGCCGUGAAAUGCGCAGGCAGACAUUUAGUCACAUUUGGCACUUGUGGCGAGGGACGGUGGCGCCUUGGCGCGCGGGGUGUGUCUGAGGGCGGAGACCCGCCCACCCAUCCCGCUGCUUGUCCCUGCUAUAUGAGCUGGAAACUUUACCGGGAGACAUGCAACAAGACUGACUGUUCUCCAUUAGUUUUCCCUGUCCGAGCUGAAGCUGCAGUUGUCUCACGCGCACUCGGACGCUGACGUAUUAUUCUCGAAAUAAUUUCGGGAGAAACUUGACUUCAACAUGCCGCGAUCUUUUCUUGUGAAAAAGUAUUUUUCCAGUAAAAAACCUUAUUAUAAGGAGAGCCAAUUGGACAGCCAAACUGCUUUUGUCCCAGAAAGCUUUCCGCGAGCUGAACUUCCGAAUCACAACAACAUCUCUGCCCUGACCUGCCAUCCCAGCAGCCCUUUCUACCAAACCAUGGAUCCCCUGCCCGCACCUCUGUCCCCAAUCACCCCAGUGUCCCUUUCUCCACCAGCUCUGCGCCCUCUGGACCUCAGCAGCUCUCCCUCCAGUAGCAGUGGUGAGGAAGAGGAUGAUGGAGAACGUACUUCAGAUCCCCCGAGUCCAGAUGUGGCCGAGCACAUCUUCUUCUGUCUCCGCUGCAGUAAGAGCUAUGGGAGCCUAUCCGCACUCUCCCACCAUCAGACGUCCCACCACCUCCAGCAUCUCUCCCCGCUUGCCCCACCACUCCAGACCACCUCCAUGCCUCCUGAGGUUUCUGCACGUCCUGCCUUUCACUGCAAACACUGCCCCAAGGAGUACACCAGCCUGGGAGCUCUGAAGAUGCACAUUCGCUCACACACUCUACCGUGUGUGUGUCUGACCUGUGGGAAGGCCUUCUCCAGGCCGUGGCUGCUCAGAGGACACAUUCGCACACACACAGGAGAACGGCCUUUUGCUUGUCAACACUGCAACCGGGCUUUUGCUGAUCGCUCCAACCUGCGUGCACACCUGCAGACCCACUCUGAAGUGAAGAAAUACCAGUGUGGCUCCUGCUCACGGACCUUCAGCCGCAUGUCUCUGCUGCACAAACACUGUGCUUCUGGCUGUUGUCCCGGCUCAUAGACUCACAUUCCCAGAACUGGCUCUGGUGAUCCAGCUGUAGCUGCUUGUUGGUUCUGUUUGCUGUAAUGAGAGUGAGUCCAGAGACCAGGCAAAAAUGCACCUCUGCUUUUGUGAAAUAUUAAGUGCCUUAUUGUCACCAGUCAGUUAGUCAAAUUUGAGGUCACAAUGGCAUGUGUGUGUGUGUGUGUGUGUGUGUGUGUGUGCGUGCAUGUGUGUGUGUGUGUGUGAUUUGAGGGCAGCUGAACAUGCAGUUAAUUCCCUGGAAACUUCAUUGGUGCCGGCCGGUCCGGGACUCCGGUCAUGCUGCAGCUGCUUGGGUGUGUGUUUGUGUGUGUAUGCAGGCAUGUCAUUCCUCACUACGCUAUACAUGCACGAUGUGUGGGUGUUGAGACAGCUGUCUGUGCAUGGUGCACCAUGGAGACAGGGUGCUGAGAGAUAUGAUAGCUGCUACCUCAACGACAGGUGACACACACAAAACACCCGCUCUGGUAGUUCCUCAUAAUGGGCAGAGACACUAAUGUGCUCUGGGACAUGAAAUUUGUUUCUGAAUGACAUUUCAUCUCAAUUUUUUAUGAAAUAUUUUGUUAAAAUUGUUUUUUUUGUACAUUUUUCUGCCAUUUGUAAAUAAAAUCUUUUUAAAAAACA